AUGGUUCUUCUGCUGUCACAUGAUCACGAGUUUACUAAGUUGUACGCUGUAAUGACACACGAUGACGGCCAUAAUGGUGUUGACACAUCGAUGACUAAGAUCAGAUCACAUUAUUGGGUGGUGCGACUUAGGCGGUUAGUAACCAGUAUAAGACAUAGCUGUGUCCGAUGUAGGAAGUUUGAAGGUGAAGAGAUAAGGCAGCAAAUGGCACCCUUGCCCUUGCAGAGGCUGAAACCUUUGCCACCUUGGAGCUCGGUAGGAUGUGAUUUGUUUGGACCACUGAAAGUCAAGGGAGAAGUCCAAAAGCGAGUGAGAGGCAAGGCCUACGGAGUAAUAUUCAAUUGCCUUGUUACAAGAUCAGUUCAUUUAGACUUGAUGACGGAUUAUAGUGAGGAUUCCUUUUUGAAGGUGUUUAGACGGUUUGUAUCCAUAAGAGGAUACCCGAAUGAAAUAUUCAGUGAUUGUGGCAGUCAACUAGUCGCAGCAAAGGAGAGUAUCAAAGGGUUCGGAGUUCGUCAUGGAGUUGAGUGGACAUUUUCCACACCAGACGCACCGUGGCAGAAUGGUGUCACCGAGAGUUUAAUUCGAGGAGUUAAGAAGUCGUUAUUCCAUGUCAUAGGAGAGCAGGUGUUGUCGUACGAGGAGUUGCAGACAGUGCUUUAUGAAAUUGCAAACUUGAUGAAUGAGCGACCUAUUGGCAAGCAUCCUACGAGUCCAGAAAGUUACUUAUGUCCAAAUAAUCUUCUCGGACGUUCAUCUGUGAGACCUCCAAGUGGACCCUGGUGUAAGCUGGGUAAUAAUGCACAAAGAUUGAGAUUUGUUCAGAGAUUGACUGACCAAUUCUGGCAGAAGUGGGCACAGGAUUACUUUCCUACACUUAUCGUGAGAAAAAAAUGGCAUGUGGAACAUCGUAAUUUGAAGGGAGAUGUUGUGGUUAUUAAGGAGGAGAACGUGAAGAGAGGACAGUGGCGACUUGGUAGAGUUUCUGAAGUUUAUCCAGACUCAAGAAGAUUGGUGAGGAGUGUCGAGUUGAAGACUACUAGUGAAUCAGGAAGGUCGAGCCACGUGAAGCGAGCAGUGCAGAGACUGAUUUUGCUGAUAACAGUUGAAGAACAAUAG